AUGAACUUUUUCAAAAGAUUUUUAGAUAAAUACACUGGUAACCAAACUGUCUUUAGCAAUAAAUACGCAACACAAUUUUUUACCGCUUUUCCAAGAUUAGCCUUUUUAAAUAAUGUCACAAAUUUAGCACCAAUGAUGAAAUGGUCACUUUCAGUAGUACCAAUCACACAAAUUGUUUCAGGUACUAAACCACCACAAUCAAUCGACGUAUAUCAAGCAUCAUCAUUAUGUGCAACAGGUAGUAUUUGGACAUAUUAUGCAACUUUAAUUCAACCACAAAAUACAGGUACAAGAAUGCUUGCCAUGUGUAACGCAGCAAUGGCAGCUUGUCAUGGUUAUAAUAUUUAUAGAAGAGUUCAAUAUGAUAAAGGAGUAGCUUCUGGUGAAAUAGCAGCAGCCCCUGCCAAAUAAAACAAAUAUAAUUUUAGCAAUAUAAUAAUAAUUUAUACAUUAAAUAAACCACAAAAAAACUUUAAAAUGU